UUCGUUAUCGCGGAAGAACAGAGCCUGUUGGUGGAUUGUUUUGAGGUGCGAACCUUUUUGCGUAGUUUCUUUUAUCUUGUGUGUCAACAUGUCGAAAGGACCAGCAGUUGGAAUCGAUCUCGGUACCACCUACUCCUGUGUUGGAGUUUUUCAGCAUGGGAAAGUGGAGAUUAUCGCGAACGACCAGGGAAAUCGAACAACUCCGAGCUAUGUGGCCUUCACGGACACUGAACGCUUGAUAGGCGAUGCUGCUAAGAACCAAGUGGCUAUGAAUCCUAGCAAUACGAUUUUCGAUGCAAAGCGGUUAAUCGGACGGCGUUAUGAUGAUCCAUCUGUGCAAGAUGACAUGAAACAUUGGCCUUUCAAGAUCAUCAACGACUCUGGGAGACCAAAAAUACGCGUGGAAUAUAAAGGAGAAACAAAAUCAUUUUAUGCAGAAGAGAUCUCAUCCAUGGUGUUGACAAAGAUGAAAGAAACAGCUCAGGCAUAUCUUGGCAAAACUAUAACAGAUGCUGUGGUGACAGUGCCGGCCUAUUUUAAUGAUUCUCAGCGCCAAGCUACCAAAGAUGCAGGUGUGAUAGCUGGUCUCAAUGUUCUGCGCAUUAUCAAUGAACCAACUGCCGCUGCUAUUGCAUAUGGUCUUGACAAGAAAGUCGGUGCUGAGCGUAAUGUUCUGAUCUUUGACCUUGGUGGUGGCACUUUUGAUGUCUCUAUUUUGAGCAUUGAAGAUGGAAUCUUUGAGGUGAAGUCCACAGCUGGCAAUACUCACUUAGGUGGAGAGGACUUUGACAACAACAUAGUUGACCACUUUGUAGAGGAAUUCAAAAGGAAGUAUAAAAAAGAUCUGUCAACCAACAAACGUGCAUUGCGCCGCCUCCGGACCGCUUGUGAACGUGCAAAGAGAACGCUGUCCUCCAGUACUCAGACUAGCAUUGAGAUUGAUUCACUGUUUGAGGGGAUUGAUUUUUACACCUCACUAACCCGCGCGAAGUUUGAGUCAUUAAAUAAUGUUCUUUUUGAGGACACCAAAAAGCCAGUUGAGAAGGCCCUACGUGAUGCUGGGCUUGAGAAAGGGAAGGUUCACGAGGUUGUGCUGGUUGGAGGAUCAACCCGUAUCCCAAAGAUUCAGGAAAUUCUGCAGAAGUUCUUUGAUGGCAAAGAGCUCAACAAGAGCAUCAACCCUGAUGAAGCUGUGGCUUACGGAGCAGCAGUUCAAGCUGCAAUUUUGAGUGGCGAUAAGAGCAGUGAAGUCCAGGAUUUACUGCUGCUUGAUGUUGCACCCCUGUCCCUUGGAAUUGAGACUGCAGGAGGUGUUAUGACGGUCCUCAUCAAACGCAACACAACCAUACCCACCAAAAAAACUGAGUCCUUUACUACGUAUUCUGACAACCAGACCAGUGUUCUUAUUCAGGUGUUUGAAGGUGAGAGAGGUGUGACAUCAGGCAACAAUUUGCUUGGAAAGUUUGAGCUGUCUGGAAUUCCACCGGCUCCUCGUGGGGUACCACAGAUUGAAGUCACCUACGACAUUGAUGCAAAUGGCAUCUUAAAUGUCUCUGCUGUGGACAAGAGCACUGGGCGUGAAAACAAGAUCACCAUCACCAAUGACAAAGGUCGACUGUCCAAGGAUGACAUUGAUCGCAUGGUCCGAGAGGCAGAGAAGUACAAAGCAGAAGAUGACGCACAACGUGACAAAGUCCAGGCCAAGAAUUCAUUGGAGAGUUAUGCCUACCACAUGAAGAGUACAGUGGAGGAUGAGAAGGUGCGAGAUAAGAUCUCAGAGGAUGACAGGAAAACAAUUGUUGACAAAUGCAAUGAGGCAGUCAGUUGGAUUGACAGUAAUCCAGAUGCAGGCAAAGAAGAAUAUGAUAAGCGCCAGAAGGAACUGGAGCGUAUCUGUAAUCCAGUGAUAACAAAGUUGUACCAGGGUGCUGGUGGUGCCCCUCCAGGAGCAGGGGGAUUUCCCCAGGGGGGUGGGGCUCCCACUUCUGACUCAACCAGCUCAGGGGGACCAACAAUUGAAGAGGUUGACUGAAUGCUGAGAAAAAGUGGUUUUAAUAUCAUUGCAUGUUAGCUGUAGAUCACUUUUAGCUUCUAUGUUUGUAGUUUUUAUGAUGUGAAAGUCUUAGAUGCUGCAAGCUAGAUCAUGGUGGAGUGACAAUGACUUCUUAUCCCAAAAGUUGAAUGCUAUGAUACAGCUAUAGAGAGUAGCAAGGUUGUAAGAAUGAUGUACGGUAACAAGUGGGGAUCAGUCUCACAAUACAUUUAUUUUUUUCUCUCAAGAAUUUUUUUUUAUGAUAUCAUGAUCUAGCAUUUGAGUCAGCUAUUGAACUGCAAAAUAAAAGCAACCUUUCUAUCCCCAUUUGUUCAGAAGUACCAGGAGUGUGAUUGUGUUAAAGUCGGAGUUUACCAUAGCUUAAUGGCAGUAAGGUUGAAAUUAAAGUAACUGGAUCUUUGAUUAUGAAACAUGCCAGAACUCAUUAGAAGCCAUGUUUUGCAAGAUAUUUAGGUUCUUUAUUUGACAACAUUAGGUGCUUAAAACCUCAGACUUAGACUAAGUAUUAAGUUAUAGAAAAAUUUAUUUGUUUUAUGCAUGCCUUAAAAUGGUUUUUUGUAUGCAAGAACAUUUUAAACUAUGGCACGACUGACACUAGCCUGAAGUUUAUGGCGUCUCCUCGAGUGCACACUCCUGAGAGAAUUGCCUGGCUACCACUUUCAAAAAAAAAAAGCUGAUAAUGAGGCUUACAUGACAUGAGAUACUCGCAUUUGUGCUUAUGGUCAUUUGUGGAGAUCUUAGGAAGUUAAAUAUUGAGAACAUUAAAGGUAACACGGAAACAAAUGUGUUGACAAUU